GAGGUGCGCCGCGCUUGGACCGUGUCGCCCGCAGCGGAACAACUGCGCGAGGCACAUGGCAUUCUCACAGCCCUGCCCGCCGAAGCACAGCGGCUUCCGAUCAGCGGCUACCUCCCCCAUCCUCCACCCUGGCUGCCCGGUCCCUGGGCCGACUUCCUGAUGGGUCUGGAGUCGGCCUUUCUGGAAGAAGCAGAGAUGCUGGGCCUCGUCGAAGCUAUCAGCAGGUGGCGAUCAGAAGGUGGCCCAACCCCGCCGUCGUCUCUGCAAGAUGUGGCCAUAGCCCCAAACAGGGGCCCCUGUAUGUAA